AUGGUUACAAUCUUACCAAUCAUUAUGAAUGAUAAACUGAACAAAACAGAGAGUCUGUGUAUAUCACCUUAUAGCAUCACUGCUGCGUUUCUAAUGUUGAUGAUUGGAGCAAGCGGACGAUCAAAGCAACAGCUUUCCACUGCUAUUUUUAAAAAUAGUUUAUUGUCCGACGAGGAAAAUUUGAAAUAUUACAAAUCAAUGCAUACUAAUAUAGUUGAGAGAGCUGGAAUUAAUGUUGUUUUGUUCAAGGGUGGCCACUUUGAUAUGGUCUUCAUUUUACCAGAUGAGACGGAUGGGCUCCCAAAUAUUGAAGAGAAGAUAACUUCUGACUUUCUAAACGAUAUUUCUAGAGGAUUUAAAAAUUCUGUUUAUAAUAUUGCCAUUCCAAAAUUUAAGUUGGAUUCCGAGUGUGAUUUAACAAAAGAAUUACCUAAACUUGGAGUAAAAGACAUUUUUGGAUUUAAAGCUAAUUUUUCAGAUCUAAUUAUUGAGAGGUCACAAGGCUUACACAUCAAAGUAGCUGUGCAUAAGGGCUGUUUUCAACAUGAACGAAGCAGAAUGAGGACAGUACCAUGGUUCACUGCAGAUAGACCAUUUUUAUUUUAUGUUAGAGAUAUCAAAUCUGGUCUUAUUUUGUUUAUUGGUCGAUUCUACCAAAAAGUCAAAUAG